AUGGCAUCUAUAAUCAAGGAGUUUGCUCACUUGCAAAUCCCACUUGACGACAUCCUAAAGGCCACCAAUAACUUUGCUAAUGAAAAUAUCAUUGGCAAAGGUGGAUUUGGAAACGUUUAUAAAGGGAAACUCAUGCGCUGCGGCGGGGAAAUAAUAAAUAUUUCUGCGCGGAGGCUAGAUCGUAAGCAUGGGCAGGGAGAUGUUGAGUUCUGGACGGAAAUUUCGGUUGUUUCUGGAUUCAAGCAUUAUUACGCGGAUUAUAUGAUAGGCUUUUGCGAUGAGAAAGGUGAGAAAAUCAUUAUAAACCGGCAUCAAGCAAUGGGAAGUCUGUCUAUGCAUGUAAGCAACCCAGGCUUUACAUGGAGUCAAAGAUUAUCGGUAGCUUUUGAUAUUGUGGAGGCAAUAAAAUACAUCCAUUAUGAUGUAGACCAUAGAUAUCAUGUCAUACAUCGUAACAUUAACAGCUCCACGAUUUUAUUAGAUGAUAAAUGGAAGGCCAAGUUAUCCGGAUUUGAAUUUUCUAUCAAACAUGUAGUACAUCGAAUGAACCAAGUAUAUCUUUGUGAACCUAUUGGGACACGAGGGUAUAUGGAUCCAGCAGUCCUAAAGAGCGGAGGUGUCACCCACAAGUCGGAUAUCUACUCUUUUGGAGUCGUUUUGUUUGAACUCUUGUGCGGGAAGAAAGCAGUCGAAGAUAAUAAGUUGCUAGCUCCAUUGGCCAAACAUCAUUAUGAAACCGGAACAUUACAAGAUAUAAUCCAUCCUGAUCUAUGGAAGCAAAUGGAUCCAGAAUCGUUUCGAUGCUUCUCAGAUGCAGCGUAUUCUUGCUUAGAAGAGAAG